AUGUUUUAUCAAAAUGAAGCUCGGUUCCAAAUGACUUGCAAGUUGUCUUCAACAUGCGGUGUAUCUUAUCGAACGUAUUCGACUUUUAAAUCGCAAAUUUAUCGUAAUCGUUCACAUGAACUUCAUUUAAAAGAAGAAAAUGCUGAUACUGUUAAGAUCCUUGUUUUCAGUAAUAGAGACGGAAUGAAUUCUUAUGCAAAUCUUAGUAUUAAUUUAUUGAACAAUGAUGUCGAAAAUGAUUUGAUGGAAAUAGAUAAUGAGAGUGAUUUAGAUUCAUUACAAGAUGUUCACGAAGAAAUAAAUAAUAAUACAACAAAUUCAUUCAACUCGUCUACUAGAUGGCGUGGGUUUACGUAUCGGUAUUGCUAA